GCGGCGGCACAGGCGGCGGCUCCGCCGGGCCGGCGGGGCCGGUCGGGCGCGCUGCCGGAGCGCGGCCCCGCGGCGGGAAGGAUGCGGCAUGGCCAGGGGGCAGCGCUCCCGCGGAGCUCCCUGAGGCGGCCGGCGGCGGCGGGGCCGAGGGGGCGCCCGGCGCUCGGCCCAGCCCCGCCGCCCGCCCGCCCGGGGCCGUGAGGGGCGGCGGCGGCGGCGGGGCGGGCGCCGGGCGGGGAUGCCCGCUCGGGCCGGAAAGUUUCUUCCCCGCGGCGGCUCGGCCGCUUCCCGCGCGGACUUCUCCCCGGUCCUCCUCGGAUCUGGAGUGGCUGUAGGGGGCAGGGCUCUGGGUAGCCAGCCAUGAUCGCCACUGGAGGCCUCCUGAGGAUCUCGGCUAGGAAACAGGACCCUUUGCGACCCCAAAGCCAAGUCCCCAAACGCAAACGCAAGGCCAAAAAGAAGCGCAAGAAUGAUGUGGUGGUGGUGAAAGGCAAGCUCAAGCUGUGCUCCCUCUCGGGGCUCAUCGCCCUCUGUGGCAUCCUGGUACUGCUUGUGGGCAUCACCUUGGCUGUGGUGGGCUACUGGCCAAAGCCCAGCCAGGUGUACAGAGAAGGCAGUUUCGGCGGGGGCCGGCACCUGGCACCGCAGGGUAGCACCCCCAAGAACCGCUCCCGGAACCAGGAAGGGGCACAAGCAGGGAUCCAUCCGGAGUCACCCCCCAGAGCCAACACCUCCACCACUGCUUCCACCCGGGGGUCCCCACCGUCCCCCCCCACCUCCUUGUCUCCCCAGGCCUCGGUGGGUUUCCUUUUCCGUCUUUUCUCGAGCUACCUGCAUUCAGACAAGCUGAAGGUGCUGGGCCCCCUCAUCAUGGGUAUCGGCAUCUUCCUCUUCAUCUGCGCCAAUGCGGUACUGCACGAGAACCGCGACAAGAAGACCAAGAUCAUCAACCUGCGUGACCUCUACUCCACCGUCAUUGAUGCCCACAGCCUGCGGGCCAAGGACGGAGGCACCCCGGCCUCAGCCCCUCUCAACGGCUUUGUCAACUACGUGCAGACCCGGGGCCUAGAGCUAAAGCCUGGCGGUGAAGGCCUGGGUGCUGCGGCCAUGCUGGCCAAGAGCUCCUGGCCACCAGGACUAGGUGUCUCCCUUUCCCCGCCGGACCUGGCGUCCUCGCCACAGCAUUCCUCCUCCUGCACCCCUCCGCAGCCGCCCAGCCUGGCCGAGGCUGUGUACAGCAUCUACCAGGAGCGUGCUGCCCUCGCUGGCCGCGCUGUCACCAGCCCGCCCUGCAGCCCACCGGAGAGCUGGGGUCGGCGCAGCACAGCCAGCUCCAUCGUCGGCUCUUCGCUGAGCGCUUUCGCCCUCCUGCCCUUGGCACCGAGCGGCGGAGGCUGGCGGAGACCCCCUGGUGAGCGGGGAGCCCGGGAGAUCCCGCGGGGGGAGUUUGAACUGAGCCUGACCAACCUCAGCAGCAGCCACGGCGAGGGCAGCUGUGGGACGAGGAGGCACAAGCUGGUUCUCAGGCGGCAGAGCACCAGCUGCCUGCCCGAUGCCAGGCGUCCCCUUUUCCCUGAGCCACCUCGGUCUCCGGCUGUCAGCAGGGGCCUAGACUCCAGCCUCUUGGUAAAGGCAUCUUCUAGCUACUCCAGAUCUCUAGAUCUGGGGGGGGCACCCCCCUCAACCCCUCCUGCCAUCACCAGGACGGACUCCCAGAGCUCCCAGUCUGAGCCUUCCAGCAGCAAUAAGGGCUACAGCCACCUGGAGGAGGCAGGCACCUCCUUGGAGUCAGUUGCCAACACCCCAGCCAGUAAAAUCCAGGACUGUGAGGAGGAACCAGUUGAGAAGACAGACCCCCUCAAGGCUACCAGCAGAGAACAAACAGGGGAGCAAUCCCAGCAGACUCAAAGACGGUAUACAAAUAAAGAGAAACUCUUUAUGAUUUCUAGGUCUCACGCUGCAUUAGGGCUGGAGGAUGGGGAACUGGAGAGUACUGGCAUCUAAACAAAACAGAGAAGGCACGAGGACACCUUGCAACCCUCCACACCUUCCCUUCUUCUCCAUCUCCUUGUGGACUUAGGAAACCGAUCAAUAUCCAAAGAGCUGCAGUAUGUUACCCUUGAAAAUUGAAUUCCAUAAAUCCUGUAGAUGACUUCAGGAAGAAAAAGAAAAUCCUUUCUGUCCGAUUGUGAUUGUAUGUUCCAUGCAAACCAAAUUGUAUUACAUAUCCACAGUCCAGCAAGUUCUUUGGAUCAGAUUAAUACAAUUUCGGACAGUGUAGCUGUGCACUUUACUGUUUUGAUUUCCAAGUGCCCCUUCUUCUCCUCUGAUCUCUUUCUUGCUGAUUUGCCACUAACUGAAAACCGCAGGCACCUUUUUAAGCUCAAGAGCAAUGUGGUAUUCAGAUCAAGAAAGCCGAGCUCUCUCUUUGUUUUGGUUCAAUCACUAAAAAGUUUGCAAGGCCUUAAGGAUGACGUACCUUGACAAAGAAUGAGUUUGUUUAAAUUCUGGAAAAAAAUGACAAUUUAGAAGAGACUGGAGCAGAACAGAGCUCUGAUGAUUUAGUUAAAACCAUUACAUUCCUGAAUCCAAAAUACCUACUACUACGUGAUACUUUAUUAAGUAUUAUUACACAUGUAUUGACUAAUAGCAUUAAAAGAUUUUUUUUUUUUAAUAAAACAUUUACAAACAAAACUGCCACACAAAAAAAGUCCAUUAUUUUGGUAAGUACAAAUGUCAGAAACCUUUUGUUUUUAUACUGUGAAAGAUUAUAGAGAUGCUAUGAGGCCAAAGGUUUACUUAUACUUUUAAGUGGGUAAUUAAUAAUUUAGGAGUGAUUUCAAAAUAAAUACUCAUUUAGUCUCUGAGAAACCACACUUUAAUUCAGUGUGCAGAUUCUGUCUUCAUUUCUAACAGUGCUCUGUGACAGCUCAAGAAAUGUGAGAUUUUGACAUGCUAAGGAAAAAUUUUUGUAAAGUUUUGACCUUCUAUUAAAAUUAGAUUUUUCGUGACUAACACAUUAAUCUCAAACUGCAGAAUAUUCUUUCUGGAUUUUUCACUUCCCUUUAACUGUUGCAUUAAGCCUUUCUGCUGUUACGGUUCCUAUUCGUGAAUGCAUGUGCAUAAGCUUAAUUUUAAAGCAUAAUGAUAGCCCUGUCAAUCUCGUAGGAGUUGGCCCUGCUGAAGUCAGCGGAGGUUUCUCACUGACUUUGGCGUGAUGAGGAUUUCUUCCUGCGUGAGAAAAGCAUCAGGUUUCCUGAGGGCUGGAGAAUGCCUUGUCUGUAGGCAGAUUUUUGGUAAAUUGAUGAGCUGUUUCAUUUUCGUAGCUGCAGCACGGCAGGCACUCUUAUUUUGCCAGAACAGCUUUAUGUGCUCAGAAGAUUUUGUCAAUACUUCAGAUUUUAAAUAUGGAUGUGGCAUUUCACUACUACAGGAAGAGAAAUCGACAUUAAACAAAUACGAUGUGUAGGCAGGCAACAGUCUUUCUGUUGCAAUUAACAUUUUUCUUACGGUUUCAUGUUUUAAAAUGCUUAGUUACAUAUUUAACUACUUAAAUUACAAUACAUUGCAGAAUGGAAUAUAGCUAUCACUAAAUGCAAUUGCCUUUAGUAACCAUAAAAAAACAUUUAUUAAAUAAGGCUAAUUUAAAAGAAAAUAAGAAAAAGAAAUAAAGAACAAUUUGCCAUGUCAGUCUUGAAAGUGGAGAAGGAGAAAAUGCUUGGUCUCUUGAGCAACAGAGGCAUCCAGGUGGCAACGUCCUUCCUCCUGUCAGUGGCAACCAGUGCAUUGACAAUAUGAACAUCAGUGUGGCAUUUUCUGCUAUCAGACGGCUAGCACACAGCUGGGAAAAUCAUGUUGUAAAACUGCCUGGACUGGCAUGGGCAGGAUGAGGCACCCUGUGAAGUGGCAAGCAGGCGGCUCAGCUGGCGCUGGCGUUUGCACGAGUCUUUCAGUUCCCCGUGGGCCAUGGCCCUGCGUUUCUGCUCCUCCUCCUGUGACUUCCAGCAAGAUUUAGGAGAUGUACCUGGCUAGUGUUACCUGGUGCGGACGGAGAUGCUAGUUAUUGACGCUGCUGAAGACACCCUGUUUCUUCUUUUCCACAUGAAAACCCUUCAUGGAGAUGCAAAGGAAGAGGCAAGUCAUGGGUGCUACUUACAGGGCCAUGGGGUCCUCGUGACAAUGUGGCAGGGGUUCGUUUUAUUCUGAGAGGGCGAAACAAAUGCCCUUUUUAAUAUUCUCAGUAAAAAUUUCUCUAGUUGUCUGAAUCUACAACGUGCUCCGAAAAAAAACUUUAAAAAAAGCCUCAGGGUACUCCUUCAACUGAUUUAAAGCAAAGCAGCCCAGUAAUUCUUCUGAUGAUUAAUUUACAGCAAAGCUUUCUGAAUAACAAAAUUACAACAGGGUUUAGGUUUAACAAGUAAAAUUAUAGCUUGUUCCUGUGUUGCCAAAAAAGGUGUGAAAUCCAAACUUUCAUCAGUCAAGCUGGAUUUUUUUAUAACAGCAGCUAGAAGUAAUUUGUAACAUAGAUUAAUAAGCAGACAAAGCUGCCUCUCUCUGCAUGCAAGUUAUCCAAAAAUCCCUCAUUAUUUUAGCAAAUUAAUUAAAGCUAUUUGUUGAGCGACUUAUGCGGUGAUGGGGUUGGAGUCAGAAACUUUUGUUUAAAAUUCAAAACGGGCAGGUUUCCAAUACCCAGAUGUCGGAAAAUGGCUGAGAAAUUCAACCCCCGUGCACCGGCCGUGACCGCUGUUAAUGCCACCAGCCUUGGAGAGAAAUGCAGCGGCUGGUGAGGAGCCGAUCACCUCCCGUUCCUGGGGAUCCUGGCAGGCACCGGCAGUGCUGGGCUUUGUGCGUUGGCCUGUUCUUGAGUCUGGCCCAGCUGGCCCUGACCGCUUCCCAGGACUGCCAGGCUGCCUCUUGGCCACCCUUUGGGCAUCCUGUCACAUGCUUAUGCAUUUAUCUCCAAUCUAGGCUUUUCCUUUUAACCUUUGUCUCCAGCGUCCUGCCACCAGCUGAUUCCUCCCCAGUCCUUGUCAAGAGCUGAGAAGCGGCCUCAGCUUACCAGUAUCCACCUGCCUGCGUGUUGCCGAAAGAGAUGUGCUUCCACACAAAAUGUUUGUUAAGAAGGAAUUGUUAGUCACCCUAUUUAAAAAGUGAUAUCCCCGAAGAUAUGCUAAGUUAGAAUACCUAGGCAUAAAUUUUUGCUAUGGAAAAAAUCACGCUUUUGAUCCAGAAAUAUGUGGUGUAGUUUGGUUUUUUAGCAUAGCAGAAGUGCUAUGAUAUUUAUAUAAAAUUUCCAGAGGAAAAGUUUAUUUCUGCCUGAACCCUCAGAGUACUCCCAUCACUAGGUAGAGGGCUGCAUUUGUUUGUUAUGAGUAUAGAUGCUGCUUGGACCAGUCUGAAGACAUAGGCAAAUGCCCUGAUUGUACUUCAUCCAUGCUGCUGUUUAUUACAAAUUCCCCAAGGCUCAAGAAGCUGCUGACAUGAUCGUACUAUAACCCAGUUCUGGCUCAGUUUUCACUGGCUAGCAAAGUAUUUACAAUCCUUGUGUUAACCUGGCUCACUUGGUUGAACUGAUUUAUCUGACUCCCCAACUAUUGACAUAUCAGCUGAUCUACUACAAACGAUUUAUUACCCUGUAUUGUUUAGAUACAUUUUUAACAGCCUUUUCAAGGACUGAUGCUGUCCAACAAUGAGUAACAGUGAACAUACAAACAUUGAAUUAGGUAACAGUUAACACAGUUGUAAGCCUGCAGUCUGAGAUGAGUAUGGAUUUCCUUAACAGCCAAAAUGAUUUACACAGAAGUAGCAACAUGACUUCAAUUGUACAGUAAUUUUUAUUAAAAGUAAUGGAGAUGGCACAAUGAUAAAGCUUAUUGGAUUUCAGUAGGAGGAAUAGCCUUUGAUAACAUGCAACAGUUUUUCUUUCUAAAGAAGAAUAUGUUCAUGUGGCUGCAAUAAAACAGGACUGUAUUUAUAGUUAGAAAUGAGAAUUACUAAUAAUUUAACUAGAUCACCAAUUAAUGCUUUGCCUCAUUAACAUAUUUCAGUCCCUCAAUUUUCUGUUUGUGUGUGAAAACAGGGAAAGAGAGGGAGAGAAAGAAAGCAAAGCAACAACCAAACUCUGGCCAAAACCUAGCCAGAAAUCAGACCUUGCUACACAAAACCUCCACAAAAAAAUGACUGCUUAGUGGUUGCUGAUGAUUAAAAUCUUAAUAAUCAAUAGAAAUAUAGGGGUUUUUUUUCCCUCUUUUUCUUCUAGAGAAAAUACAUCAAACUUUCCUCAGAAAAAAUUGCUUUCUCUAUCACCUCUCCAAGACUGCCAAUAGCAGUAAUGCAAUUCUUUAUCCAAGCUGCUUAAUUACUACUUUUCAGCUUGGCCCCACAAACAGUGAACAAGAUGCCCAGCACGUCCAGGCACAAUCUGCGAGGAUAAACAGGGUCUCACAGGCACAGGAAAAAAAAUCUUCCAUGGAAGAAUAUACUGUUACCUAUUUUAUUUCAGAAGCCAGGCUUUCUACUUACCACUUCUAAAAGCUCCAAAGCAGAAAUGUCUAAGUGAGCGCACUAAAAAGUAUCUUCUACCAUUUAGCUUUCACUGUAGGCGUGGAGAUGGAGGGAGACCCUGGAGGUCCAACAGAGGCAGGCAUGGUCAAGGGAAACAGCAUUGACGUUUGGCUGGGGGGAACUAGGCUUCUAGAAAUCAUCUGACUGGAUCACAGGAUAAUUCAGGAAUUGGAGGAACAUGGGCUUUGUUUAUCCACUGGUUAGUCUUUUAUCUACAUUUUAAUUAGAUAGAGGCAGGGGAGCUGCACUACUACUUGUAAAGUUUUUCUCUCCAUCAUUACUCUUUUCAAAUUAGUGCAAUGAGAUGGAAAGCUUGUUUGGUGAAACUAUCAGAGACGUAAACUAACAAGUGUCAAAAUCACUAUUAAAAACUCAGUCUGUGAGGUUUCCUUCACCCUCCUCUGCAUAAAGGAGUUUCAGUCUAAGAUUUUGUGUAUUACUUUUUCUUUUGUCCUUUCCCCUUUCUCCCCAUGACAAGGUUUGGAUCUGGUGAGGACACAUAACUGAUACUCUCAGACUGGAAGGUAGAAAUGGGGAGAGAUUGUUCGGCUUUAGAGAAGCAGCCUGUUCCUUUCUAAACUUCAUGGCUAAAGUAAAAAAUGGAAAUUAAAAAGUGAAUGUUCAGCAUUCAAGUGAUUAAUAUGUUAUUUUCAUAAAGAUUUCAAUGAAGUGCAACUUUGAAGUACACAUAACUCACAAGGCCAGGGUAUAGUUAUGGCCAAACAGCUGAAAGAACCAUCACAAUGUUUACUGAAAUCUCUAAAUAUAUUGAGAUGAAUAAUAGGUGGGUUUGGGUUUUUUAUGUUCUGUGAACUGUAAAAGAUAAGAUGUUGCAGUAUUCACUGUUACAUAAGCUAAGACAGUGCUAUACCAUCACAUAACCUAGGAUUGCUCUUUGUUCAUCACCACUCAUAAGAUUUGGCAUGCUGCUCACACAUCUUCCCCAAACUGUCUGAGAGCAGGCUUGAGGCCACGCCAUACAGCUCCCAUUUUGUUGCCAUAAACUAAAUCAGCCAUUUGUAAAGGAGCAGGGCUUCAUAGCAUGGCCAUCAGUUCUGGUAAGAGUUGGAGCUGGAAAUGACUUUUCAGAUGGAGGUGGCUCAGUAUAGGGUGCACUGCAGCUCCCUUCAUGCCUCAGAGCAGCACAGAAGCCUCUGGGAGGGUCUCACAAAAAACUACCUGCAAAGACCUGGCAGACUAACAUUUCUGAGAGCUAACGUGAUGCUUCUGCAGCACCAUAAAAUAGCCUUCCUCCCUCAUUCUUGAAGAAUACUUCAGGUCUCUCUGAGCGGUAUAGCAUAUUUUUACUUCACUGACUUUAUAAUCAAAAUUCAUUUUAAAGAAACACAGUUUGGCCUCAGAGCCUAAUAGAACCUAUUAUUUAAAAUGCUUAUAGAGUCCCUAUUAAAAUAACAUCAGAUGAGCUCACAGUCCUUAACGUAUUGCUCUCUAACUUGCCUUGGGUACAGAGCAUGACUAUCUUCCUCUGUAAAAACAAUGCACAAAGAUACAGCCACAAAGAGUGUAAAGACCAAAUUUAUUUUUUGAAACCAGACAGGAAUAUAGGCACUAGUAUGUGAUGAUAACAGCACACAAAUAUCUGCCUCUAAGUGAUGCUUCCAAACCACACAAGUAGCCUGCUGUGGAACAGAGCCUUGAACACUUGUCCUCCAACAGGAGAUCCAUCCCUCAUCUUUAACAGAGCCUCUUUCUGCAUGCAGUACACCGAAAUGCUAAUCUAUUUCACUAUCUUUCAGACUCAUCGCACACAAUAUUACAGAAAAUAACUUAGCAAAAGCAUAAGACUCUCUAAAGACCUUCCUGCAGAAUAUUUAAGGACACAAGCAAUAUUAGACAGUUGAUGCCACUCUGUUUCAAAUUAAGAACUUAAAAUGAGAACAGGUAAGGUCUGACACUGCUUAUUAGUUUACUGUGAUAACACAGCAUAAGGUGAUGAUAGCAGUAGCUCUUUAGGUUUUGGAAACUUAAAUCUGACUGCUGGCACUGCAAACAACACUACAGGCUGUCUUGCUUCUUGAAAAUGCAAAUGGAACAAUUCUUGUCCUUGUGUCUGUCUUUGCAACACAUACAGCAUCUGGAGCAGCAGCAAUGAAACAAGGACGUGUGCCAAGGCUGCGUCUCACCAUCUGAUCAGAGGCUAAUACAAGUAAGCUGCAGAAGGAAGCUGUUCCUUUUAGACCCUUAAACUAGAGUUUUGGUUCAUCCUCACCUUAAUGAAGCAGUUGCACUUUUUAAGGAUUUGUUUGGGACUAACAUGCAGGAAAGGAGGGGAUGCCCUCCUAGCAAUGUUCUUUGCAAGGAUCUGUUGCCUCUCCUCUGUCACACAGAGGGGGAAAUCCUGAAUAAACCUGUAGCACAGUUCUGGGAUCAAUGAGCUCCCUGUGCUUCAGCAACGCUGCACCUCGGUAGCCCUCUGGCCGGUCGCACUUGUCACUGACAAUCUGGGAGGAAAGGGGCACAUGAUGAGCUAUGGAAGGUCAGCAGCUUCUAGUCAUCACCAGCUUGUAAGUCAAAUGCCAGCAUGGCACCUAACGAGCCCCAGGAGUUACCCAAAAAGCAAAAGAAGCCAACAAGAUUGCAGGUUGCAUCAUCACUGGAGUCACCAAGGUAAUCACUCUUGACAAUUGUAGGUAAAGAAAAGCAACAAGUCACUGAAGUUUCUGUUGUACUCAUCCCUGCAGUUUUGGGUUGUCAAAUAUGGACAAAAAGCAACCACAAAAUAUUACAGUUGCAUCAGCAGCGGUUAGUAGCACUCGGUUGUUCCCAUUUAUAGCUGGCGCCAACUUCGCUGUAACUCAUCACAGCUUCUGUAAGAGCUCUGCAGCUCUGCUAGCAUCAUCCUAGCCAAAUGGAGGCAGGGGAAUAAAAGGCUUUCCUUCCCUCGAAUGGGAGAAUCUAGUGUGAUGAUUAAAAUAAGCCACCACCUCACUUUCUCGCUCCCUUCCCACACAUCUAUCCCCUCUCCGAGAAGCUGGACCACCCCAGGGCCUCCAGGGCUGCAGCCAGUGUUUGCUCCUGGCUCGGCACAUGCAUCCAUCCUGUGUAUCUGCCUCUGCCUGAUGAAUCCAGGGGAGCUGACCGGCCUGAAGUCAAAGGAAGCUGACACAUUCAAAGUAAUUACAUUUGUAAAGCGAUAAGAUAAUGUUUACUAUAUCUUUCAUUUCAUUGGCAAAUUGGUCCAGUCCUCUGUUCAAAUAAACACUUUAUGCUGCCUAA